CCAGCUCCCCUCCUGGCGGGUCUCCUUCCAUAGGGAGCCUCUCGGAGAAGCGAGGCGACCUCUGGGCUGCAGGACGCCGGUGGGUGGGAGGCAGACGGGGCCGGUCCUGGGCGCCGCCCUCCCGCACCCCGGGCUGCUUAUUUUAGCCUCCUCCGCCCCCCGGGAAUGCCACGCGGCUCGGGGCCAGGUAGAUGUGACGUCAGGAGAUGGCUUUCGUCGAUUUGACGUGUAAACACUCAUUUCCAUUCCGCUGGGCAGGGCCGGCCGCGCUCGGCGGGGACACCGCGCGCAGCACCCCGAGCCUGCAGACGCCCGGCCCGGCUCUGAGCGCGCGUGGCCCCGAGGCUGCCGGGCGGUGGUCGGGCUCGACUCCUCCUGUGUGCGGGGCUGGGGCGGGAGCGCCAUGGCGCGGGGAGCCGGGACCCUGCAGCGGGCGGCACUCGCCCUCCUGUGCGCCUGGGUGGCGCUGGGCAGGGGCGAGGCCAGGAGGCAGUUCGUGAACGAAUGGGCAGCGGAGAUCCCCGGGGGACCCGAGGCGGCCGCGACCAUCGCUCAGGAGUUGGGCUACGACCUGCUGGGCCAGAUUGGGUCACUUGAAAACCACUACUUAUUGAAACAUAAAAGCCACCCCCGAAGGUCUCGAAGGAGCGCUCCUCACAUCACUAAAAGGUUAUCUGAUGAUGAUCGUGUGAUAUGGGCUGAACAACAGUAUGAAAAAGAAAGAAGUAAACGCUCAGUUCUAAGAGAGUCCGCACUAAAUCUCUUCAACGAUCCAAUGUGGAACCAACAGUGGUACUUGCAAGAUACCAGGAUGACUGCUGCACUCCCCAAACUGGAUCUCCAUGUGAUACCUGUUUGGCAAAGAGGCAUCACAGGCAAAGGAGUUGUUAUCACUGUCUUGGAUGAUGGCUUAGAGUGGAAUCACACAGACAUCUAUGCCAAUUAUGAUCCAGAGGCUAGCUACGAUUUCAAUGAUAAUGAUCAUGACCCAUUUCCCAGAUAUGAUCCCACAAAUGAGAACAAACACGGGACCAGAUGCGCAGGAGAAAUUGCCAUGCAAGCAAACAAUUACAAGUGUGGGGUUGGGAUCGCAUACAAUUCCAGAGUUGGAGGCAUAAGGAUGCUGGAUGGAAUUGUAACUGAUGCCAUUGAGGCAAGCUCCAUUGGGUUCAAUCCUGGACACGUGGAUAUUUACAGUGCGAGCUGGGGCCCCAAUGAUGACGGUAAAACUGUGGAGGGCCCUGGCAGACUGGCCCAGAAGGCUUUUGAAUAUGGUGUCAAACAGGGCCGGCAAGGCAAAGGCUCCAUCUUCGUCUGGGCCUCGGGAAAUGGGGGACGGCAGGGAGAUAACUGUGACUGUGACGGCUACACCGACAGCAUCUAUACCAUCUCUAUCAGCAGCGCCUCGCAGCAGGGCCGGUCACCCUGGUACGCGGAGAAGUGCUCCUCCACCCUGGCCACCUCCUACAGCAGUGGCGACUACACCGACCAGAGAAUCACAAGCGCGGACCUGCACAAUGACUGCACGGAGACCCACACCGGCACCUCGGCCUCUGCACCCUUGGCUGCGGGCAUCUUCGCUCUGGCCCUGGAAGCUAAUCCAAAUCUCACCUGGCGAGAUAUGCAACACUUAGUUGUGUGGACCUCCGAGUACGACCCAUUGGCUAACAACCCAGGAUGGAAAAAGAAUGGAGCAGGCUUAAUGGUGAACAGUCGGUUUGGAUUUGGGUUGUUAAAUGCCAAAGCCCUGGUGGAUUUGGCUGACCCCCGGACCUGGACCAGUGUGCCUGAGAAGAAAGAGUGUGUUGUGAAGGACAAUGACUUUCAGCCCAGAGCCCUGAAAGCCAAUGGAGAAGUCAUCAUUGAAAUCCCAACAAGAGCUUGUGAGGGACAAGAAAAUGCUAUCAAAUCUCUGGAGCACGUCCAAUUUGAAGCAACAAUUGAAUAUUCCAGAAGAGGAGACCUUCAUGUCACUCUCACUUCUGCUGCAGGAACCAGCACCGUACUCUUGGCUGAGAGAGAGCGGGACUCAUCUCCUAACGGCUUUAAGAAUUGGGACUUCAUGUCUGUUCAUUCAUGGGGCGAGAACCCGAUAGGGACUUGGACUUUGCAAAUUACAGACGUGUCUGGAAGAAUGCAAAACGAAGGCAGGAUUGUGAACUGGAAGCUGAUUUUACAUGGGACAUCAUCCCAGCCGGAACACAUGCGGCAGCCCCGCCUGUACACGUCCUACAACACUGUUCAGAACGACAGAAGGGGGGUAGAGAAGAUGGUGGAUUCUGCAGAGGAGCAGCCCACACUGGAGGGCCAGAAUGAGAAGUCUCUGGCACCCCAAGGCCCUGGCUUUGGCAGUGUGGGGGGAAGAAGGGAAGAGCUGGCAGAGGGAGCCCCUUCUGAGGCUAUGCUGCGCCUCCUGCAAAGCGCUUUCACCAAAAACCCGAGCCCUAAACAAUCACCAGCAACGUCUUUGAGUGAAAAACUCAGCAUCCCUUACGAAAACUUCUACAGAGCCCUGGAAAAGCUAAAUAAGCCUUCGCAGCGUAAAGACUCCGAGGACAAUCUGUACAACGACUAUGUGGAUGUUUUCUACAACACAAAACCUUACAAGCACAGAGACGACCGACUGCUGCAAGCGCUGGUGGACAUUCUGAGGGAGGAAAAUUGAAAUAAGUGGGCGGGUCUGAGUCGGAAAGAGUCAUGCUGCUUCCUUCCCCUUAGAUUUUUGCCUGUAUCUGAUGUGGUUGCUUUUGUCAUUGAUUCUUAUGCAUAUUAAUAUCCAUUGUAGUACUUUUUUGCUUUUUUCUCCCCAAACUGGAUAUGUAAAAGGGAUGAGCUUAAGUAGUAAAUCCAGCUUCCUGAAUUGAUCAUAGUUCUUUCAAAACCUGUCUUCCCUGCCUGCAUAAGUAAAAAGGUUUGUUCUUUCUGGAGCUGUAAGUCCAUUACACAUUACAUUAUGAAGCCUCCUGGGGCCCGCCCAUUUCAUUUCUUAAAAGAAAAGUCAUUACCUAGACACUAGGUUAAUUGGAAAAAGUAACCUGCAAAAAAGAAAAUUGAGAAUGAUUUAUUCUCUUUCGUUGUGGUUAUUAGGAUUUUGAUACUGAAGGAGGAUUUGGAACGUCUCUAAGAAUGAAUUCACAAUCAGAUCCAUAACCUAAGGCAUUCCGACUUCAAGUGCUCCUCACUUAGGGAAGAAACAGCUGUUCAACUGAGGGAGUGAUGGGCUAUUUGCAUCCAGAAAUGGACCUUGAAAUCUGCGCUGUCUCAUGUGAGCAAUUCUAGAAUGUUCUUCUCUGCUUGUUGUACCAUGCAGAGACCAUGAAUCUAAUAGUAGCUUGAUCUGGUCUUCUUCAAUUGCCCCUUCUUCUGAAGGUUUUCUUUGCUUAUGUCCUUUCUUAGAAACAGACGAAAUACUGAGAAAACUUACUAUUACCCCUUUCUAGAACAAAAUUAUAUUUGAGACUUAGCAAAUGCCCAGUAAUAUUUUUAACAAUGAUAAUGGGAAAAUUACUCAUAACAGAGAACCACUAUGAUAGCAAUGA